AUGAAGAGACGUAUGCCUUUUUUUCAGACUAGAGAUGAUCAUGUGAUGAACAUCUACAAUAGAUUGCGAAUUGGCGACAUAUAUCAUCACAAGACUAGAAGCAUUGCCAUGUAUUCCUCCGGGAACGCCAACACGGAAAACAUUCUUUCACAUAACUUCUCGCAGUGGCCUUCUCGCAGGUGCGAUGUGUCGGCGGUGAGCAUCGGCGCUCAACGAGGAGGGGAAGUUCCUGGGGAGUUCGCCGCGUCAGGGAAUGGUCAUUCAUCACCGCAUUUCUCGCAAACCAGAAAGAUUCGCUCUCAAACUGUCGCGGUGGCAGAUUUGGAUGUCAAAUUCCCCACUGAAAAAAGAAUCACAUCUGUGAGGGAAGAGCAAAACGAAGGCGAUGAAGACCGAUCGGAAUCAUUGACCACUGAGGUGGGAGGCGGCUCAAACAUGAUGAGGAAACACAGCUUAUUCAGUUUAUUCCACACUACUACUUUACGUAUCGGUAUCGUAUUCUUGGGUCGUCAGUCACCUGGAUGCCACAACAUAGUUUGGGGGCUCAAGUCGUAUGUGGAUGCUCAGCCUGGAGGUCAACUCAUUGGCAUCGCCCUAGGGGCUUUGGGAUUCGUGAAAGGGUAUACUGUGAAUUUGGACUCGGAUCAGUUGCUUUCGCUGUAUCGUAACCAGUCAGGACUAGACCUCCUGGGAAGAACUGAUCUCACUUUGAGAACUACCGAAGAUCUCAUCGCGUGCGCACGUACUUGCCAGAAACUGUCUCUAGACGGUGUCGUGGUGGUUGGCGGUGUCGGCACUCAUGCUGAUUCUGCCCUACUCGCAGAGACGAUGGCAAAAAUGCAAGUCUCAACUAAAGUCAUUGGAGUGCCAGCGUCUGUUGAAAAUGACAUACCUCUGGUAGAACAGACCCUCGGUUACGACACUGCAUGUAAAGUGUUUUCUAAUAUCAUUGGCAAUAUUGCAACGCUCGCAGCGAGCGGAACUCGCGAAUGGUACUUCAUUCGUAUCUGUGGACGCUCUAUGAGCCAUAUCGCCGCUGAAUGCGCACUGCAUGCUCAUCCGAACUUGGUAGGGUGAUGAUCAAUGAAGAUUGUAACCCUCAAAUCGGUGAAUUCAAAUUUGACAGUGUUGCGACUGACUUGCAAAAUGAUCAGCAUCAUGGCAAUGUGAUCGAUAAGAAUAUUACGAUUCCUAUGAACAAUUUGGUUUGCCCUGUUUUUGGGUAGCGGCGUACGCGAGGUCACCGAUAGUGACUGUCUAGCAUACUAUGAGUAGACCUAAAAACCAAUGUGGGAAUAUGCAGAAGUGUUGGUGACAAUAUGAAAAUUAUGAGGGAAUUUUGACAAAUUCUCAUCGGUAGACUUCUACCCCAAGUCGUAUGUAAACUUGUAUAAUUAGUGAGGAAACUCCCGAACUCAGCUCUGAAAAGCGAACAUAUAUUUCACCAUGAACGGCGCUCAAACAUUAUCAAGGAAAAUAGAGAUGUGUUUCUUCUAUUUUAGUUUUUGAUUUCUGAGGAAAUUCGAGCCCGGAAUAUGAGCUUGCGCGAUCUGAUCAACUUAGUAUGUGAUGUGAUUUUGAAGAGAUGUCAGCAAGGAAUGGACUAUGGUGUGGUUCUUAUUCCAGAGUCGGUCACAGACGCUCUCGACGAGUUGAAAGAACUUGAAGAAGAGGUUGAGAAUCGACCGGGUCUGCCGUCUUGAGAAGUCUACCGUAGAUACGAUCGAUGCACGCACAAGAACAUAGGUUGUUGAUGAAUGCCUCUACUGGUGUGAAGCCAAGCACGAUGCUCCAUCGAAGUUUGUUUGAGACGCUGAGUCCGAGCGCUAGAGCCAUGUAGGCUUUGGUCUUCGCGGUGAUGAUGUUCAUUAGUAUACUGCAUUCGAAUCAGUGUGGUGAAGUUUGCACAUGGUCAACCACAUG